UAUCUUCUUUUCUGGUCACUUUCCAACUUCCUCUAUGGCCCCCUCAAGCAGAGUUGUGGCAGGAAGCUUGGGUGGAAGGAAUGGGUUUGGGGCCGGUGCCCUGUGUCCAGCCUCAGUCCAUCUUCUGGCACCUCUUUCUCUAGCAUUUAGCACAGAUUUAGCUUCUGCCCCCUUCUCCCUUCGUCAUCUGUAGCCCUCACUUCUCUUAGAGAGCUGUUUCACUCUCCCACCUCCUCCAGCCAAGCUUUGCCCAUGGCGUGAGGGACACUGUGCUCCCUGAUGGACAUAUAGACCCUCCUCUGUCACCACCGCAAAAGGAGGGGAUGGCAUACCUGGCAGGUGCAGGGAGCUGACCUUCGUGUCAGCGUCCUGCUCCCCCUUCUACCCUUGGACAGCUGGCUUUGCUAACGGGGACGGGGUUGCCAGAGAGUGCUUGGCGGUGGCCGGCGCUCCUUGGCCUGAUAGGUGCCACGCACAGAGAACAAGGCUCCAGCAGCCUGCCCUCCGCUCCAGCCCUUUGCCCUGCUGCACCACCCAGGGUGGACUUGAUUCCCUUUACCUCCCCAGCUGUGCCCUUCCUCUUGGCCCCUCUGCACCCCCUGGGACCACUUCCUUCUUUCCCCAUCUCUUGAGCUCCGGUCCACAACUGUUGUAGCAGAUGAUGCUAAUGGCUCAGGCUCCCUGGGGCCGCCACCCCACUGUAGGGUAGUGGUCGGGGGCGGCCUGGGCUGGAGACGGGGGACUUCUGAGUGUUCAAGCAGGACAGGAAGGGAAAUGCUGAGCCCAGGGGUCCCCUCCCUUUCCCACCCCCAGCUGCCUCUGUUUCCUCCCUCACUCCCCACCACCCUCCCACAGCUUCCUGCUCCCUUCGGUCUGCCCAUGUCCGGUUUGGAUUGAUCCAGACCUACUCUUAUCCCCCGCCUUUCCUUCUCACUCCUCCGUCCUCUCCGCCCACCCCCACUUUACUCCUCCCCAGAUUACUAGUUGUUUGUAUGGGGGAGGUGGAGGGGGGGGCUCAUCCCUGGAGCCUGUGAGUCAGCACUGCCCUCAGGAUUGGUCUCUCGCCUUGGCUCCCCGCCCCCGGGGAGGAGCCAGGCAGCUCCAGGUCCAGCCCAUUCUUCCCUCAGCCCGAGGAGACGCUCCACGCUGGGCGGGGAUGGGGCUGGAAACGGUCUGGGUCUGAGCUGGAGGAGGUGGAGAAUCCGGAGCCACUGGUCCCUCUCCUUCCCCAGGACCCCUGAGAGCCCUGGGCCAUAGCGGGCCGAUCGUGCCCAGGGCCUGGGGAUGCCCCUGCCCGGCCCCCUUGCGCUGACCGGCAGGGGGGCCGGGCUGGGCAGCAGCCUCCCUCUCACGCCAGCCAUGGACCGCCUGCCCCCCAAGCCCAAGUACAACCCACUUCGGAAUGAGUCUCUGUCAUCGCUGGAGGAGGGGGCCUCAGGGGCCACCCCACCGGAGGAGCUGCCUUCCCCAUCAGCCUCGUCCCUGGGGCCCAUCCUGCCCCCUCUGCCCGGGGACGAUAGUCCCACCACCCUGUGCUCCUUCUUCCCCCGGAUGAGCAACCUGAAGCUGGCCAGCCCGGCUGGGGGGCGCUCGGGGCCGAAGGGGGAGCCAGGCAGGGUGGCCGAGGAUGGCGAGGGGAUCGGAGGGGCGGCCGUGCCAGACCCAGGUCCCCUGCCCCUUCUCCAGGACAUGAACAAGCUGAGUGGAGGCGGCGGGCGCAGGACUCGGGUGGAAGGGGGCCAGCUGGGGGGCGAGGAGUGGACCCGCCACGGGAGCUUUGUCAAUAAGCCCACGCGGGGCUGGCUGCACCCCAACGACAAAGUCAUGGGACCCGGGGUUUCCUACUUGGUUCGGUACAUGGGCUGUGUGGAGGUCCUGCAGUCGAUGCGCGCCCUAGACUUCAACACCCGCACCCAGGUCACCAGGGAGGCCAUCAGUCUGGUGUGUGAGGCUGUGCCAGGUGCUAAGGGGGCAACGAGAAGGAGAAAGCCCUGUAGCCGCCCGCUCAGUUCCAUUCUGGGGAGGAGUAACCUGAAAUUUGCUGGGAUGCCAAUCACUCUCACCGUUUCCACCAGCAGCCUCAACCUCAUGGCCGCAGACUGCAAACAGAUCAUCGCCAAUCACCACAUGCAGUCUAUCUCGUUUGCGUCCGGCGGGGACCCGGACACAGCCGAGUACGUUGCCUACGUGGCCAAAGACCCGGUGAAUCAGAGAGCCUGCCACAUCCUGGAGUGUCCCGAAGGGCUCGCUCAGGACGUCAUCAGCACCAUCGGCCAGGCCUUCGAGUUGCGCUUCAAACAGUACCUCAGGAACCCGCCCAAGCUGGUCGCCCCCCAUGACAGGAUGGCUGGCUUUGAUGGCUCAGCUUGGGAUGAGGAAGAGGAAGAACCACCUGACCAUCAGUACUACAAUGACUUCCCGGGCAAGGAACCCCCUCUUGGGGGGGUGGUAGACAUGAGGCUUCGGGAAGGCGCCCCCGCGGGGGCUGCUCGACCCACUCCGCCCAGUGCCCAGACCCCCAGCCACCUGGGAGCUACGCUGCCUGUGGGGCAGCCUGUUGGGGGAGACCCAGAAGUCCGCAAGCAGAUGCCACCUCCGUCCUGCCCAGGCAGAGAGCUCUUCGAUGACCCCUCCUAUGUCAAUGUCCAGAACUUGGACAAGGCCCGGCAAGCAGGGGGUGGGGCUGGGCCCCCCAACCCUGCCGUCAAUGGGAGUGCGCCCCGAGACCUCUUUGACAUGAAGCCCUUCGAAGAUGCCCUUCGGGUGCCUCCCCCUCCCCAUUCGGUGGCCAUGGCCGAGCAGCUCCGGGGGGAGCCCUGGUUCCACGGCAAGCUGAGCCGCCGGGAGGCCGAGGCGCUGCUGCAGCUCAACGGGGACUUCCUGGUGCGGGAAAGCACCACCACGCCUGGCCAGUACGUGCUCACGGGCCUGCAGAGUGGGCAGCCCAAGCACCUGCUGCUGGUGGACCCUGAGGGCGUGGUUCGGACAAAGGAUCACCGCUUUGAGAGCGUCAGUCACCUCAUCAGCUACCACAUGGACAAUCACUUGCCCAUCAUCUCUGCAGGCAGCGAACUGUGUCUACAGCAACCCGUGGAGCGGAAACUGUGACCCGUCCCAGGUGCUUUCCAGAAGAUGUCCUUCAAUCCUUCCACUAUUUCCUGACUGUCAGGACCUCACUUAGGAGCGUGCUGUGGGCCUGGCCUGUGUAGCGGCUGGGGGAGUGUGGACACUGGGCUCCGUCAGCAUCCAGCUGAGGGAGAGGGUUUGAGUCAGGAGCCUGGGGGAGAAUCCUGCUUCUCCCCAAACCUCACCAAAGUGUUAACGUAGAGCGGCCCCUUCCCAGGGCCUUUCCUGUGCCAACCUGAUACCCCCUUCCCCGAGAAGGUGGGUGCUCGAGGCCUGGGCCGUGUGCCUCGUAAUAGAAAAUGUCCUGUGGUGACAGGAGUCGGUCACCCAGGGAAGGGAGAAUAAAUCACACCUUCGGUCUACCCUGGGCUCAGGGGACCCCAGGCCCCUCUCGACAACCCUCCCUCCCAGUGUUUAAACGUCGUGCCUUUGACCAUCUCCUGGGUCUGAAGAUAUUUUAUGCAAAGAGUUCUGGGCCCUUGAGGUCAAGGACGGGGGUGUUGGCCCCUUGGCUUCUGGGACCCUGCCCUCUCGUUGCUCAGCAGCACCUCCUCCAGUUUAGGUUGGGAGAACAGGGGCAGGGGUGGCAGCUGUCCCCUCUCUCUGGGCAUAUGCCACCCAGAGGUUGCCUCAGAGCCCCCCUCCCGGCCAGGGGGGAGAUGAACCCCUUCUUAGUGCCUCCUGGCCGGGGGCCCCUGACCCCAGGGGUCUGUAUAUACAUUUCUACACCCCUCCCCUCCCAUGUCACAUGCAUGUUAUAUUCUACAGCCAAAGUGAAGCCCUUCCUCCCGCGUCCUGCGCCCUGCCUGCCCCCGCUGGGGUGCGGGGGGCAUGACUGAAUCUGGGUCUCCGGACUGUUAGCGCUCCCGGGUGGAUUCUGUGGAGGCUGGAACGGGGCACUGAGACUAAAGCAGUAGACAAUCUCCACAUACCAUCUGUAGAUUUGGAAGUGCAUUUAUUUUUUAUUUUAUAUGCAUCUAUUUUAGGGCUGUAGAGUUUUCGUAAUUUGUUUUCCAUGGCUUAUUGAGCACAAAAUGAUGGUAACUGAUUACAUUUAUACUUCGCCUCUUUUGACUUUUCAAAGCCCUUUUACGACUAUUGGCAUUUUUCUCACCCCAGCCUGUGAGGCAGUUGGGGCCGGCAGCGUUAUGUUUUCUAAGACAGACCCAAGGCAGAGAAGUCGAUUGUGAACGAGGACCAGAAACACCGACGACGCGAGGCCGGGAGGCGGAAGUGUGUCUGGGAAGCUUAAAACCCCGCAGUGACUGCAUACCUUCCACAGCCGGCCCGCCGCCGCGGAGAAGCUGGCCCCGCCAUCCCCUAGGCCUGCUGGCGAAGGGACCGUUGACCGUCCUCGCCGCCUCAUUUUUGUUGUUUGGGUGUUCUCACGGGUCUUACUUAUACCAAAGGGAAAAAAGAUUAAAAGUCCGUAUUUCUUCUA